AUGGAGACCAAGUCCGGCGUCGGCAUUCAAGAUCACUGGAUGAAGAGUGUUAUGGAGCCGGCUGGUAGUGAAAAACAGAUGCAAAUUGACAAUAGAUCUGUUAAACGUGAAAAAAUGGCUGAACAGUACAACGGUGCUGACAAUAACGUGACUUAUGAGAUGAAACAGCAACAGAACGACACAAGAUAUAGAUGCGAUGUGUGUGAUUUAACUUUUGAGGAAAUGGAGUAUUUGAUACUGCAUAAAAAGUUUCACGGCAACGAUAAAGACACUCCCCCAAUGGAACCCGAAGCCCCGCCGGUCAAAGAAGGCCCGAAGAAACGUCGUAAAUUUAAGUGUGACUUGUGCGACGUUAAAGUGAACUCUCAAUAUCAUCUCGACAUUCAUCGAAGUAAACACGAGGUUGAUGACGAUGUGAAACGGCCCCACAAAUGUUCAACUUGCGGUAAAAGUUUCAUUGUUAAGAUUAAUCUGAAUCUCCACAUAAGGGUUUGCCAUCCAGAUCUUGCAGAGCCAGAGGAUGAAGAUGACGAUGUCAUGACAGACAAUUCC